UUGUGUAGCAGGAAGUAAAUUGAAGUUGUACGGAUUACAUAAUCGCAAAUAUAUGCGUCUUUUACAAAAUUAUUGCUAUCUAGAUACUAGAGUAGUAAAUUGGAUUAUGAGCAUUUUGGAAUGAAUUUGAAUAUUAAAGGUUAAAAAAUUAAUAAACUUUGUUUUACUAAAUAUUAUCUUUAUUUAUAAGAUGCUCGAACUGUGAACCAUUGUGUCAGCACUUGACGCGUUUUCUAAUACUUUUUAUCGUUGACUACAACAUUUCUAUUGUAAUACUUUCUACAACCUGCGAUUUUUUUCUUGUUUAUGCAAGGACUUGCAAUGUAAAAUUACUACGGCUGUAGAAAGUAUUACAAUAGAAGUGUUGCAAUCAAUGAUGAAAGAUAUUAAAAAACGUAUCCAAUGCUAUAUCGAACACAGUGGUCAACAGUUCGAGCAUAAAGAGCAAAUGUUUAGUAAAACAAUGUUUAUAUUACUUUUCUACUAGUAUUUUUUGCAAACUAAUAACCAUGCAAAUUUCCCAGCUUAUUGAUAUUUUCUGUGACCGCAAGGAAUUACGACAUAUUUGCCUGGACACUUAUAACGGAACACCUGUAUAUGUAUGUUCUUACACGUCAAAAUGUGAUAAAGAUUAUCUAUCUGUCUGUCUGUCUGUACAUUUAUUUGUCACUUAUUGUUAGAAACUAAAUGUCUUAUGUGAAACAUACAAACCUUUGCACCCAUCCUUUUCUUAGCGAAAAUCUGUGGGCAGAUAGAGUCUUCCUUCCAUUGUGUACACCCAUGACACAAGUAAAUUAUUAAUUUAAAAAUUAAUAUUUUAUACGACAAUGAGUCAGGAUAGCACGUUCUUUCAAGUUCUCUAGCAGAGACUCUCCAAUCUGUAUUCCAAUUGUUUUCGCGUCGCGACACUAUCCUUUUCACUCUGUUGCCGUUACGAGAUAUUCAUUUGUUGUCGACGCGGAUCUCGCUUCGUUUUCGUUUCCUGUCGCAGCUCGCAGUCGCAGCGCAGUACGCAACGAUGCCGCGCCGAACGGAACGAAAAAGUAAGUAACAGUAAUACCUCUUUAUUCGACUAAUAAUAAGUAUAUAUGUAAUAUUUUAUAUUUUAUUUCAUUUAUUUACAGUAAGAAGCGAAGGGUCAGCGACGUCAACGCGAGUGCAAGAUGCGGGCACGGCAAUGACGCCGCCGCCUCCACCGUCAGCAGCAGGACAGCGUACGCGUACGGCGACGACGUCAUCGUCAUCGUCGUCGCUGUACGUGCGAGUGCAAGAUGCGGGCACGGCGAUGACGCCGCCGCCUCCACCGCCAGCAACAGGACAGCGUACCCGUACGGCGACGGCGUCAUCGUCGUCGCCGUACGUGCGAGUGCAAGAUGCGGGCGCGGCGAUGACGCCGCCGCCUCCACCGCCAGCAAAAGGACAGCGUACCCGUACGGCGACGGCGUCAUCGUCGUCGCCGUACGUGCGAGUGCAAGAUGCGGGCGCGGCGAUGACGCCGCCGCCUCCACCGCCAGCAGUAGGACAGUGUGCGUGUACGGCGACGACACAAUCGCCGCCGCCGCCAGCAGCAGUAGGACAGCGCUAUGUAUUCAGGGCACGGGGGGCAGCAAGAGGAGGUGGACCACGAAAAUUCCAGAGACACGCAAUGCGCCUGGCGAGACAGAAGGUGCGGAAGGAGGAACGAUAUACGGCGCAGUUCGCACCGCACGCACCGCACGCGGUAUACGCGCCGCAUACAUACGGAUCCGCUCCGCCCGUCCCGCAUGCAUGCGGGUAUGCUCUAUACGUACCGGCCGCACCGUACGCACCGCAUGCAUACGGGUCUGCUCCACCCGCCCCGCAUGUACCGGCUGCAUCGUACGCACCGCUUGCAUACGGAUCCCCGCUUGUAUACGGGUCCGUUUCACCCGCCCCGCAUGCAUACCCGUCCGCUCCGCACUUACCGGCCGCACCGUACGCACCGCCUGUAUACGGGUCUGUUCCACCCGCCCCGCACGCAUACGGGUUCGCAUCGUAUGCGGCGCCGCAGCAUUAAAAAAUUUUUUUUAAAAAUAUAUAUAGAAUAAAGUGU